UCGCACUCUAUCUUGCAGCAGUUUCAGCGCUGAGCCAGAAAAUUCCUGCGAAAGGCUGUCGUGGCAAGUGUUACCCGCACACAUACACAUCAUCCAGAUCCAGCCAAUCCCCCCGUGGAGUGGAGUGAAAAUUCAUUGACGACUGGGGGCGAAAAAGCUCUGGCGGAAGAGCGAAAGAGAGAGAGGCGGCACUGAGAGCGCAACCCUAUAGAACAAAAACAACGAAACAGAGUUCAGCUGCACCACCAACCAACACCUACACCACCACCCACUGACCACCACCAUUCUGACCUGCGGCAGUGAAAGACAGUGAAAAAGGCCAAGUGCACAGUGCAUAAACUACCUUCAUCCUAAUCAUCGCCAGCCGAAUUUGUUCAGGCCAUAACAGCACCACCAACUAACUACAGCCACAACCACACAGCCACCAGAGCCAUAGAACAGAAGACGAGUUAAAGGUCUAAGUUUUUGGGGGUCUGAGAUGGGCAAGAAAGACAAGAACAAGGAACCGGCGGACGCUGCACCAGCUGGCGAUGCACCACCAAAUGCCGGAGCUCCGACCGGAGAGGGCGGCGAUGGCGAGAUUGUGGGCGGACCACACAACCCGCAGCAGAUUGCCGCACAGAAGCGUCUGCAGCAGACGCAGGCGCAGGUCGAUGAGGUCGUGGACAUCAUGCGCACGAAUGUGGAGAAGGUGCUGGAGCGCGACAGCAAGCUGUCGGAGCUGGACGAUCGUGCCGAUGCAUUGCAGCAGGGUGCCUCGCAGUUUGAGCAGCAAGCGGGCAAGCUUAAGAGGAAAUUCUGGCUGCAGAACUUGAAGAUGAUGAUUAUCAUGGGCGUGAUUGGCCUGGUUGUCGUGGGCAUCAUUGCAAAUAAACUUGGCCUCAUAGGCGGGGAGCAGCCACCACAGUACCAGUACCCCCCACAGUAUAUGCAGCCACCGCCACCGCCGCCGCAGCAGCCCGCCGGAGGACAAUCGUCACUGGUGGAUGGAGCAGGAGCAGGAGGAUCAGACGGCGGGGCAGCAGGAGCUGGCGACCACGGCGGCGUAUAAACAAUCUCGCUGCAAGGACAAACGUUUCUCGAUUAAUGUGCUCCCCCAGUGGGCAAAACCAAACCAAAAACAAAAACAAAAUAAACAAAAGGAAAACUCAGUUAAACUAGAAAAUCUCGAGAAUUGCAAUGAACUCAAUAAUAAUUUCCACUUAGACGAUGUGCACGAGUUGGUGUGAGAGGUUUUAAGUAACUUACGUCAUAAUAUUAAUACUAACUCUAAUGAAGACGCUCCGGACAAAUUAAAGUUGUUGCUAAUUUGUUUAUGGUUACAUUAUUUCAUGCAUAAAAACGGUAUAUAUAAAUAUAAAUAUAAAUAUAAAUACAAAUAUAUGGAACUUGAAUAUUACGAGUGACUCUAAACCACGUACUACCCUAUAUGGAACUUGGAUCUCUACGCUGCACUGGCAACAAGGAGCGCCAGUGGAAGCAGGAGGACAGGCGGUCGCUUCCCGAUGUUCGCAGCUCUUUGAACUCAGUUUUCUUAGCAAAUCGACUAGACAAAACUACAAAAAAAAACCUAACUAUUUCGGAACAAGACCCAAAACCAAAGAAAUCUAAGCUUUGUUCCUAAGUAAAGUUACGCAAAUAUGAAUAUUCGAAAUGUAUAAUCCAAAAAAGAAGUUUGAAAUCGACGGGCCGUAUAAGUAAUUGACAGUUAAAUGUAUUCAUGGAACUUUACUUAUAUAAAGCAAGUGUAGUCGGCUAAAAAUCACAAACAAAAAUCCAGUAAGAAAAAAGUAAAGAAACUUGAAGUCUAGUUAAAAUAUACAAAGCGAUUUAUUUGCAAAGAGUUCUGUUUUUGUGCAAUCAUUAUACUGUUGUGUUUGAAAAACAGCCCAGUCAGCAAUUGAGUAUAGCUGGAAAGGUUCGAUUGAAAGAUGAAACCAAACAGUUCAACGAUUAAAUUAAGCGCUAGACACAAAAUACGUUGGUUAUCCAAAGGAUUUAUUUAGCUCAACGCUGGCAGCAGAGGCACUUAACAUAUGUUUGUAUAUUUCAAUGUUACGAGUAAUAGACAAGGCGGUAAUUAGAGCAUAUAUAUGUACGUGAAUGUAACGAUAUGAUAUUUAGAUCUCACACACUCCACAGUCCAAAUUUCACCCGAUACCCAAUUCCCGAUUCCCGACCCCCCAGCCCAUUACCUCCUCAUUACCGAUCAACCGAUCAGAGAAAUAACUUUGAGACAACACUCGUAGCACAUAUUGUACUCACCAUGUUCUGAAGAUACAACCUAUGCUACGAUUAAUGUAUUAACUAAUUGAUUCUACAAGCGCCUGCCCAAAGUGCUUUGCGUACCAACCAAUUCUUGGGGCACGAACUAAAUCGAAAUUAACUAAAGAAAAACCAAAGAUUAUAGUGGAAAAACGAAAAUCCAAAUCCGUAUGCAGGUAUUUUUAGCAAUAUUCGUAGCGUGUACAAUAUGUCGCCCUUAAAGCUUAUUAGAAUCUCGUUCAAUGUCCAUCUCAAACUCACCAGACACUUCACAUGCAUAUAACCAUUAACAGAUAUAAAUCAAUAUAUGUAUGUAAUAACCAAUGACAAAUGUUUAGAAAAGCGUUUCGAUUUUUGUUUGGAUUUUAACCAAAAAUGAGAACAAUUGUAUACACAAAAAGACCUAUGAAAUCCCC